GUGCAGGCCACCGGGCGCGAGCUCUUCCAGCAGGUGUGCGACCUGGCCAGCAUCAGAGAAGCCCAGCUCUUUGGCCUCAGCGUGGUCAGAAGACCAGUGUCUUAGCCGCUGGACGCUGCUGCUGUGUCUGGUCCUCGUGGACAACCAUUCAGGACGCGAGUGUUUCUAAGAAUUGGAUUUAUUUGGGGAUGGGGGGCCACCAGUGCUUAUGCUUCGUGUCUGCCAUCCGGUUCUAGAACAUUCCGGCUUCAUGGAACUGAAGUCGCACUAUAAUCACUCCUAGGGGAGCCUCUCAGUCACAGCAGGACGGUCUCAGUGAGAAGCAGGGUUUGCUUGGAGCAGAGGUCGGCAAGCUGGGUGUGCAGCGCCGGGCAGCGAGGGCCUCUGGCUUUGCAGCAUGAAAGUGGCUACAGACGAUGCAUAGAUGCUACGGAGUCAGAGGAAAAACUUUAUUUCCCAAGAACAGGUGGCGGGUAGGGCCUGCCCCAGGGCCCUCGUUUGCCGACCCCUGGCCUCGAGGGUCCUAGGCCUGGGGUUGGCAGGGGCUGCGCAGGCCCCCACGAGACCUCAUUAGCUUGUAUGACUGGCGUGUUUCCGAGUCUCCAAAGCCUUGGCUUUGUCAGCUGCAACGUGGGGUAGGUUUCAGCGCCAGGGGUCAGAGACGCAAGGACAGGCGCGGGGCCCCUGUCCCACCCCAGCCUGGCACAGCAGUGAGGCGCGGACAUGGGCAAGGACCACAAAGCGAAGCCAGCGGCUGAGCGUGCUCAGUUUCCACGGCCUGAAGCCCCUUCCCCGCCAUGCCUGAGGCAGCUUUACACACCGUCUGGCUGCUGUGAUGGGGUCACUGCCUUAGCUCGGGGCCCCUGGACGGGAGCUGCAUCCAGUGAGAGCACCAGUGACCCUCAGCUGUCGCCAGUGCCAGCACCCGCUGUCUGGGGCCAGCCAACCAGUGGGUGGUCCUCCUACAUCAGGCUCUGCCCAGCGGGCUUGGUGACCGUCCUGCCCCAGAGGGCCUGCAGGAGGUGCAGUCGAGGCCCUGAGAGCCACCUGACAGUGACAGGGCAGCUCCCGGCCCCGCCUCCUCUCUAGGGUCGUCUCAGUGUUUUCCAGCUUAUAAAGGAAACGCAUGGUCAUUAUAGUCUAAAAACGCAGAGCGUAGGAUUUCGAAAGACGCAUCUGCCGUGACCCCGCCCCCGCGCAGGCGCCUUAACCUGGCCGUUGGCUUCAGACAAUGAGUAUGUCUUCAUGGACUUGGAGCAGAAGCUCAGCAAAUACUUCUCCAAGGACUGGAAGAGGGAAAAGCAUAAAGGAAGGGGCAGACCCGGUGCCCCGUUCGUGGCCUUUCUCGGGGUGCAGUUCUACGUGGAGAACGGCAGGGUCAUCAGCGACAGGACGGCCAGGCACCUGUAUUACUGCCACCUGAAGGAGCGGGUGCUGAGGUCCCAGUGCGCCCACCGGGAGGAGGCCUACUUCCUGCUGGCCGCCUACGCCCUGCAGGCCGACCUGGGCAACCACCGCGAGCAGGCCCACGCGGGGCGGUACUUCGAGCCGCAGGCCUACUUCCCGCCGUGGGUGAUCGCCAGGAGGGGCAGCGCCUACAUCCUCAGGCACGUGCCCGCCCUGCACCGCGAGCAGCGGGGCCUGAGCCCCAAGGAGGCCGCGCUUCGCUUCAUCCGGGAGGCCUGCCGGCUAGAGGACGUGCCCACCCACUUCUUCAGGCUCCGCAAGGAUAAGAAGGAAGAGCAGCCUACCAUUGUCCUGGGACUGACCCUCCGAGGCGUGCAGGUCUUUCAGGAGGUGAACCACACUUUACAGCUGCUCCAUGACUUCGCCUGGUCCCACGUGGGGAAGCUGGCUUUUCUGGGGAAGAAGUUCGAGAUCUGGCCAGACGGGCUGCCCUCGGCCCGGAAGCUGGUGUACUACGCGGGCGGCGCCUGGCGGCCCGGGCCGCUGCUGCACCUGCUGAGGGCCAGCCACCAACUGCACCUCAGCCUGCAGCCCGCGCUGCAGCGGCUGCGGCAGCUGGAGGAGGCCGAAGAGAAGAAGUGCUACCGGGAGUCCUACGUCAGUGACGAGCCAGAGCUGGACCGGGACCCGGACCUGGCCAGCAGGACUUCCCUCGGCUCCCCUGGCGGCAGCGGUGGGGACAGUGGGGGUGGUAGGCCGUGUCCCCAGCGCCUCUGGCGCCUCUCAGCUGGCAGCCACUGCAGCUCCCUCUCGUCGGGCAUCGCAGUGGACUCCCAGCCAGGGGAGACGUCGGUGGAUGAGCCGCCCUGCAGCUCCAGCAGCAGCCAGAGCAGCCGUGGCACCAUUGGUGGCGGCAGAGCCGCUCCCCAGCAGCCCGCGGCCGUGGUGCGGACCACGCUGCUCAGCACGAGGGACCGGAGCCCCGAGGCCGCGCACCAGGGCCCUGAGGCGGUGGCCGACACGAAGACCAGCACAGCCGCAGCCUGGACGACGGGCACCCCACCCCCGCCCCGCGCCCCAAGCCACGCAGCUGCCCCCUCGGCCGUGCGCUGGACCCUGGGUCAAGGAGAUCCAUGAACAGCCUCACCCUGGACUUGCUCCCAGAGGAGUUUGUGGUGUAGACACCUCCUGGUGCCGCUCUGCCCACGCAGGCUCCAGCCUGGCUUCACUGUGACACCCUCCCGGCUCCGUCGCUCUGUCCAUCCAGUGGUGAGGCUCUAUCCGCACAUAUCCGGCCUUGCCUCUCUCUGCCACCCACUGCCUGGCGAGGCCCCUGCUGCCGGCCUUUACUCAGCGGCUUCCUCCUGCACCUGCACCUGCACCUGCACCUGUCGGGGUCAGACCCGGAAGCGCCCAGCAGGCCCCACUUUCCCUGCCAGGCGGACUGGGGCCAGUCCAACCUCCGUGCAUGCGGAUCUCCGGGAGGCAGAAGCUGAGGUCUGGGGUCCAGCGUCUGGGCAGUGGGCGGGGCCAUGCUGGCUCUAACCUGGAGGAAGCGGUCGUAGCAGCUCUCAGAUCCUCCAGCCCACGGGGUUGCACCCGUGAUCACCCAACCCGAAGGCCGUCAGAGCACGAGGGAGCCGUGGCCUGUCAUCAGCACUGCUCACCCUUCCAGGCCAUUCGUUGCCACCACCCCCUCCCCAAGUCAGAAGACUGGAUGGGACGUGGGGGUGCAGGUGGGGCUGCCCGACCCCCUUCUGGGGCAGGAGACCCUCCUGGGCUUUCGCCCCCGCCCCAGGUGGCAGCCGGUAGCUGAGCGGAGCUGUACAACCAUUUCUGGAAAAGUGUGUGGAGAGGCCCUGACUUUCACCGGAGGCUGCGCUGCGGCGAUUAAGGGGCUAGUGAGCAGGCCGGCCAUCCUACCUGGGGCUAGAGCCUCCUGGGCAGGAGUGCGGUGACAUGUCUGCAGGUGGGGAGGGUGGCCUGUCCGCAGGCAGUACUAGCCUUCCCUUCAAAGUCGGGGCGGCUUCCUCAGGACUGAGCCGGGGCAGGGGGCCUUCUCGAAGCCCGGCUGGUGGAGCGAGCUGGCCUCAGAUCUAUGUUCUGUGUCCCAGAUGGAAGGCAGGGCUGCUGCUGCGUCUCACCUGCCCCCUGACCUGGCGGGGAGGGCGGGGGCUGCUCUGGGACAGGAGGGACCCCAUGGCUGGUGACUGGGACGGGCGUGGUGUGGCUUAAUGCACCUGUGGGUCCCUCCAGCCCUGUCCCCUUGGCCAGAUCCCAGCGCACACCUGCUCACCUGUGUGUCAAUGUCGGAUCGUCCUCGCACCGUGGCCCCGAGGCGCCCUCGUCCCCUCCCUGUUCUGCUCCUGCCGCGAGAACCCCCAGGGCCCAGCUAUCUCUUGCUCAUUUUGGGGACGGGGCGGAGGCUGAGCUGGGGAGGGGGUGGCCGGGGGCAGGGGGAGCUAAGUGACACUGCUAGGCUAGGCUUCUUGGUUCUUUGUAGAAAAGGAGAUCUUAUGUGUGCACACACUGGGCGCGUGUAAUAAAGAGCUCGACACAUGUC